GCGUUUUAGAAUGAUUACCGGUAGCCAGCGGAGAGGCAGAUUAUGCAGCUCUACACAACUGUUGUUUUAAUCCCCUGAGAGAGGAGAUUUAGCAAGAAAAAACAUUGGCUUUAAACCCAGCAGCCAUAUUGUAUGGAAAAUCGACGGAAAGACUUCUCUUUUCAGAAUAAGUCGUCUUCUCACACACCUUUACUAAGACUUUUGGGAAGUUCAAAUUUCUCUUUUACUGGCGGUGGGUUUUUGUUGCACAGCUAGCUUGCCAGCUGGCUGAGGAAUCCUGAGACUGGGACUUGUUUUCCAGGCAUUUCGCUCAGUGUUAAGGUUAUAUUUUUGUUUCACGAGCGUUAAAAUAAACGCCUGACAAUGAAGGACCGAUUGGAGCAGCUGAAAGCGACAUGCGAUCAAGAUGAUGAUGAGGUGGAGAUCGCUGUGGACAAUGCGGCGUUCAUGGACGAGUUUUUCUCUCAGAUUGAGGACAUCAGGGGCAGUAUUGAUAAAAUUGAUGAGAAUGUGGCUGAAGUCAAAAAGCUUUACUCUGUCAUCCUGUCUGCUCCUACAUCAGAUCAGAAAACGCAGGAUGAUUUGGAGGCGAUUACUAAUGACAUCAAGAAGAUGGCCAACAAUGCAAGAAACAAGCUCAAGACUAUCGAGAGGAAUCUGGAGUCAGAGCAGCAGGAGAGGGUGUCGGCCGACAUGCGGAUACGCAAAUCACAGCAUGCAGUGUUGUCCAGGAAGUUUGUGGAAGUGAUGACAAAGUAUAAUGAAGCUCAGGUGGACUUCAGGGAGAGAAGCAAAGGGCGAAUUCAGAGACAACUUGAGAUCACUGGAAAAGCAACAACCGAUGAAGAACUGGAGGAGAUGUUGGAGAGUGGAAAUGCUGCUGUGUUUACUGCAGGGAUUGUGGAUUCUGGGAUCUCAAAACAAGCCCUGAGUGAGAUUGAGGCCAGACAUAAAGACAUUGUUCGUCUGGAAAGUAGUAUCAAGGAGCUGCAUGAUAUGUUUGUAGACAUUGCCAUGCUGGUGGAGAGCCAGGGUGACAUAAUUGACAACAUAGAGCAGAAUGUAACCCAGUCAGUGGACCAUAUAAUAGAGGCAAAGGAACAGACCAAAAAAGCUGUAAGGUACCAGACCAAAGCACGCAAGAAAGUGGUGAUAAUAGUGGUGGUUGUGUUGAUCUUGUUGGCAGUUCUAGCUCUCAUAAUUGGGUUGUCAGUAGGACUGACUAAGGGCCAGUGAGCUAUUUCAGUAAGAAAGGAGGUAAUGAAGACAAUCAUCAUUGGUGUAGUCUGUGCUGUUAUUGUCGUCAUCAUACUCAUCAUCAUCCUUACCCAGACGCUAUAGUAGGACUGCUUCUUGCUACCAUCAUCUGUGUAUUCUUCAUCCAGUCCAUUCUGUUCUCCAUCAGCAAAAGAAAACCUUAUCCCGAUCCUGCCAAAUGGAUAAUGUAAGCUUUAACAACCUUCCAGUUAAAACAGUGACGAGGUGGUCUUACAUCUACACAGUCUGUUUGACUUCUUUGGUUUUGGACAUUUUGAGGAUGUUCUGCUGCAAAUGAGGAAUUGGGGAACAACACCUAUUGCACCUCUGUGGUGGCAAAAAAGGGAAAUGAAAAAUGACUCAUCAUUUCUUCACUCCAGUGUCGCCAAGCAUUUCAUUGUUCAACAUUUGAUGCCAAAGUUUCACCGUUUGUCAUGCAUUUGUUAAACUGUACAAGAAUCACAUGACCUCCCAUAUCAUCAACCAUUGCCUUUAUGAGCCUGGACACCUUUUACAAAUUUCAAAAACUACUGAAUGUUCACUUCUCUGGGAUCUCGUUGGUUUUGUGGAGUUCCUGCACUUUCACACUUGAGAAGAUGUAAUUAAACCCACAUUUAUGUAUUUAUCAUAUAGCAGAGUUGAUGUUUGAGUCUUUUUAAUCAAACCUGAAAGUGUCCCAGUUCUUCAGCUGGUGCGUGCUCUCAUGAUUCUGAAGCUUAGAGGACUGCAGUGGUUCUUGUGUAAAGCAGUUAAGCAUCUUGUAGAAAUUGAAUCUUCUCAAAUCUUUAAUUUGUUUAGAUACGACAGCUUCUUUCACCUGUUAAUGUGCUAUAAAAACAUUUUUAACACCACAGAGUUUACAGAGAGGCUCGUAGUGACACUAGUGUCGCCUUUCCAAUAAGUGCCAGAAUAGUCUGUGUAUUUAUUUUACCUGAUGUUAAUGAGUCGCCUAUGAAAUGGCACAUAAAUGAACAGCAAAACCUACAGUGAGAUGUUUCCUCCUUGUCUUGAGUGUGAGAUGAAUUGACUAGUAUAUUAUCUGUCCUUAUAUUUCUAAACGCAUGACUAAGUUAUCAGUUUAUUAGGCGUGACCCUGCAGUGAUGCUCGUGACAAUCAUUACUGUGUUACAUGCUUUGUCCAGAAAUAUUAGAAAAAAUAACAAUGAACUGGACAACUUAAUAAACUGACUGCUGAGUGGCGUUGUAAUUGAUCGGAUCAUUUCAAGAUAGAGGAGAACUGACACAUUUCACAGGCUUUCAAUCAUGGCUUUAAUAGUCAAAUAAAGCAGGUGAUUCUAGCUGUUCAUAGCAGAAGAGAUGCUGUUUACUAGAGUCUGUUUGUUGCUGUUCAAUGUUGUGCAGGAGGGACUUAGAAAAUGGGAGGUGUCCAGCACAUUUGUUUUGGAAAAAUGGUCUUCUGUCUUCAGUACAGGCAGAAGAUUGAAGUGUUUGUACACUGUUUUUUUUUUUAAGUGUUUAUUACUUUAAAAGAAUUAAAGAUUUGUGUUUUAUAAAGACUGGCUGACUGUCCUCUUUGUGAGUCACAGAGUCUAUAUGUAACUGAAUUCUGCCCUUUUUGAUGACUACAUGUUGUGGAGAAGCUGUGUGAAUGUGUUUUAUGGUUUAUUAGUAGCUGCUGUCAGCAGAUGGUUGACACUGCACAUUCACCACUGUGUUACAAACAGCUUUUAAUAACUGAUGCAGAAGGGGAGGUAAGUUUUUUCACAUUUUCUCUUUACACACAAAUACACACCAUAAACCCUUUGACCCUUUUGUUCUCCUUUCCUCAGAAAUUUCCAAAAAACAAAUAUCCAUAAAUGCAAAUCACUAUUUUUGUGUUUGUAGCUUUGUGUUUUGACCCAUGAAGUUAAGCCUGUUGUCUGACUGCUGGGUGUUUUUAUAUCUCCAGAAAAAGAUGAUGAUUACUUUGUGCUGUGCCAUCAUUGGAAUUGUUGGGUUCUCCUAUCUCUACAGCUUCUUCUCAUAAAAGAUCGAACAGGUGAAACAUCAACUCUUAACACUGCCUUUGUUUCUUGCAAACGUCAACGUUUAAACACAAUUAUUAUCUGUCCUUGUUGUUUGUAGGGAAGCGGAUAUCUCCAAGAGAGAACAUUUCCUGAGGUGUUGCCCCCCUUUUUUUUUUUUUUUUUUUGUUUAAGCCAUCAGUUGAAGCUUGAAAAUAUAAUAAAAUAUUAAAAGAAAACAAGAAAAAUCAUGUCCAUCCUGUCCCUUUUCCUUUUGUUAAUCCUUGCUGUAUAGUGUUUGAGAAUGUGUUAUUAAUGUGUAGAUUUUUCUGAAGUCUGCCUAUUAUCAGACCAGAUGGCUUAACACGUGAUUCCUAAUCUUAAAAGAUCACUGGUCAACUAUAGUGGAGCACCUCCUGGUGGUGCAUUGAAGGAACAGUCAUGUCCAGAAGUAUUGAAUAAAAAAUGUCUUAGGAUUAAUUAAAACAGCAAAGCUCAAAUUUUUAUUUUAUUUUUUCCCGUCCGGAGAUAUAAACUGAGAAAAAAAAUGUCUCGUUAAGUAGUAUGUUCUAAUUUGUUUGUCAUAAAUAAAAUUUGUGUGAUUUUUUUUUUGUUGUUGUUUGGUCUGUAUGAGUGAAACGCUUGUCGUUUCUGUAGAUGCGGCUGUCGCUCUCACUGACUGUAUGUCAAUUCAGUAAAGCCUGUUAUGUAAUAAAACAUUUCUGUGCAUUGUA